AUGGCAUCGUCUGAAACAUACGAUGUCGUCGUUGUCGGCUCCGGCUUUGCUGGGUGCAUGACGACCCUCAAUUUCCUGGAGGAAUGCAAGCGUCUGAACAAGAGCGGUCGUGUAGCUCUCGUCGAAGCUGGAAAGGAGGGUGAACGUUCGGGUGCUUCAAAGUGGACCAUGGCAUACCUUCGACUGGACAAGAACUUGGAUUUCGAUGACCAUUGGGUCAAGGAGAUGAGACGUGUUAGCAAUGGGGCAGCAGACGAAGACUACUGUGAAAAGCUCAGACAGGAGGCUCCCCUUUCAGCACGCUAUCUUGAAGACCAUGGUGUCAAGUUCGUACAUCAUAACGAACCAAACGUUCUCCUGGAGUUCAACACAGACCAACACUUUGUGUUUCCGGAGGGCGGUGGCAACGCCAUCAUUCAAAACUUGUUAAGCCACAUCCAAGCAUUCGACCAGGUCGAUAUUCUCUAUCAGACUGAGGCUGUUCGCCUUCUGACGACUGAUGCGGGAUGCGUUCGAGGCUUGAAAGUUCAAAAGACAGACGGCUUGCUUCACGACCUUGUAGCUCCCACGGUCAUGCUUGCGUGUGGCGGCUUUGAGGCGAACCAAGAGAUGUUGGCCCGAUAUAUUGGGCGUGAUUCGCACAAGCUGCCGCUGAUUGCCCCAGGCUUGAAGUAUAACAAGGGAGCGGGCUUACGAAUGUGUCUUGAGGUUGGCGCUGAUACUGCCGGAUCUUUCGAUGGGAUGCAUUGCGAGCUUGUCGAUACUCGGGCCGACAAGCCGGAUGCUGUGAUCUGGGGUCACAACUACGGCAUUCUUGUCAACAACGACUGCGAGCGGUUCUACGACGAAGGUGAACGACAUCUCUUUGCCACAUUUGAAAUGGCGGCCCUUCACACUUGGAAAGAUCAAAACAUGUCUUGCUACUUCAUUACCGACGAGGUAAUUAUGCAACGCUUCAAAGGCAGCUGGGUGUACGAAACCACAGACAAGCCACCGGAGAAGUCAGACACGAUCGGAGGUUUGGCAGAGACGCUAACCCUCGACCCGAAGAAACUCAAGAAGACAGUCGAUGACUUCAAUGCGGCUAUCAAUGACAAGGGUUUCGAUCUAAUGAAGCUCGACGGCAAGGCGACGACUGGCCUCAAACCAAACAAGACCAACUGGGCGAAUCCGAUCGCAAAGGCCCCAUUCUACGGCUUCCCUUGCACGCCCAAUCUCACCUUCACGUAA